UAUCCUAGUUCCAAAAUGGCGACCACGUUCCACUUAAAAUAAUAAUUUUCUUGAAUUCCAUUUCUAGUCAUUUUCUUAACAACUACUCUACUAAGUGCAUCUAAUUUUAAUAUUCAUGUUGUGAAUUACAAGUGCCGAAAAGUUGUUGAUUCCUGUAACUGUGAACAUAACCUCAAUCAUGAACCUGGAUGCCAGCGGUUUACGAAAUUUCAAAGAUUUUCUUCAGCUGUAUAACCAAAUGACUGAAAGAUGCUUCUAUAGAUGUAUAGAAAACACAAACUCACGACAUUUAACUCCAAGCGAAAUCGAAUGUUCUGAAGAAUGUGCCACCAAGUUUAUCAAAUUUAACAAUAAAUUAAUGAUGAAUUUCGUCAACAGACAGAAUGAUAUCAUGAGUAGAAGAAUCAAAGAAGCGGAACAAAUGGCCGAAAAUAACCAAGCAGUGACUGUGCCGAGUAGUUAAUAGUUUUGUAGUCAACUUUAGCCUGAAUUAAUGUAGAUAGUUAUUCAAAAGACAAACAGCCUGAAAUAGAAGGAAUCGACUUAACUAUAUCAUUUUUGUUUGUGUAGUUAAUUCACAUUGUUGUUUGUAAAUAUGUGUAAUAAAUAUACACGAUUUUGAAAGUUUUAAA